AGUACUUGCAAAUGUUUUGAUGAUCAACUUCCUGGAAGAAAUUAGAGAUUAUCUACCAGCCUACGUUCGGCUACCGGCAACGGUCAUGAGAGAAGACUUCUGUACAGAACAGAUCAAGCCAUUGUUUUUACCUGUCGUGUCCGCUGUUCUUGUUCAGGAUUUUUUUACACCCGAAACAAAGUCUAAAGUAAGGGUUGGCUUUUUAUUUUAUGUCAACCGUUGACCCCUCGCGUUAACUGGAUACGUGGGGGGUUAAUACCUGACCCCCAACCACAAAAAACCCUGUUAAUAGAAAGGUCGCGUUAAUGCCAUGUUUUUUUUUAAAAACAAUAUUUUGUUUACGUCCUCGUCUGGCUCUACAAUAUAUCUCAAUUCAUUCGAGACUCCCUCCAAAGUAAGGUAACAGUCAGUCUACCAGUAGCCUCAAUCAGCAGGCAGACUAAUAUUCAACUAAAAUACCACGCAAUGUAAACAUUAACCUAAGAUAACACACAGUCGAAAAGUUACCUAAAAUACACACAGUUGAACAGCAGCCUAACAUAACUCGCAGUCUAACAGUAAGCUAAAACAACACACAGUCUAAUAGUAGCCUAAGAUGCCACACUGUCUAACAGCAACCUAAAAGAACACGCAGCCGAAAAGUAGCCUAAUAUAACACGCAGGCCUAACUUUAACUUAACAUAACGCGCAGUCUAAUAAUAGCCUCAAAUAAAACACAGUGUAACACUAUCCUGAAAAUAUCACGCAGUUCAACCGUAGCCUAACAUAACACACUAUCCUAGACUGCGAGUUAACGGUAACCUGAAAAGCACACAAUAUAAAAGUAACAUAACAUUAGAAACAAUCUAAAACGUCAUUAUAUAGCACACAGUCUGACAGUAGCCUUGCUGACUGCCGAAUAGCACUGGGAAUUUCACAGCUACUAAGCGCACAUUAUUUACUUUCAACUUAAAUACAACGCCAACACUAUCCAAUAUUUUUGCAUGUAAAUACACCAUAAAAAAAACAGAGAACAUUUGUGCGUCUAAAUACAUUGCCAAGUCCAGCCAUCAUGAUAGCGUAUAAACGCCACGCAUCCAGUAGAUAAACGAAAGCCAAAGAUUUAGAUGUUUGGAAACACGUUCGCGCAUACGAUCUGCGGAUGUCGAAGAAAGAUCCAAACAAUCUAUGUUUUUAUUCUUUUUAUAAAAAGAUUAAGUGUUCGUGAAUUUUAACGAAUAUAAUCUAAUGAUUACUUGUAAAAAAUAUGUUAUAAAGUAUAACGUUAAAGGAAAUUUUGACUUUGAGGGGAAGCAAAAUUUAUGCAAAACUGUCGCUUGGUCGCCUUUUACGUUUACAUGAUAAAAACAUGGAUAUCUAGUCAUAGUUUGUAACUAUCUAAGGCUUAGCCUAUGUAUUUUUAAAUUGUUAUAGAACCACUUUUAUGUACCGACAUAAGCCUUGAUGGAACUCUUUGUUCCGCUAACUCCCACAUUUUCGUUGAAGCACCAUUUAUUAUUGGUCAACAAAAAGAUUUAUCCUAAAUUAUCAUAUAAAUGAUAAUUUUAUAUUUGAUUUUUGUCAUCUUCUUAUAGUCCUCGUCACUUUUGCCCUCUCACAUAGCUCUCAUAUUGUCCACGUCACAUUGUCUUCCUCACGGUGUCUUCCCCACAUUGUCUUCCUUACAUUGUCUUCCUUACAUUGUCCUCCUCACGGUGUUUUCCUCACAUUGCCUUCCAUACAUUGUCCUCCUCACACUGUCUUUCUCACAUUAUCUUCCUCACAUUGUCUCUCUUACAUUGUCCUCCUUAUAGAGUCCUCCUCACAUAUUCCUCUUUGUUCUUCUCACAAUAUUAUCCUCACAUUGUCCUCCUCACAUUAUCCCCCUCACAUUAUUCUCCUAACAUUGUCCUCCUCACAUUAUUCCCCUCACAUUAUUCUCCUCACAUUGUCCUCCUGACAUCGCCCUCAUUACACUGUCCCCCUCAUUUUGUCAUCCUCACACUAUCCCCUUAACAUUGUCGUCAUCACAUUGUCCUCAUCAUAUUGUCCCUCCUCACAUUGUCCUCCUGACAUUGUCGUCAUCACAUCGUCCUCCUCAUAUUGUCCCUCCUUACAUUGUCCUCCUCACAUUGUCCUCCUGACAUUGUCGUCAUCACAUUGUCCUCCUCAUAAUGUCCCUCCUCACAUUGUCCUCCUGACAUUGUCUUCAUCACAUUGCCCUCCUCACAUUGUCCUCCUGACAUUGUCGUCAUCACAUUGUCUUCCUCAUAUUGUCCCUCCUCACAUUGUCCUCCUCAUUUUGUCCCUCCUCAUAUUGUCCUCCUCAUUUUGUCCCUCCUCACAUUGUCCUCCUGACAUUGUCGUCAUCACAUCGUCCUCCUCACAUUGUCCUCCUGACAUUGUCGUCAUCACAUUGUCCUCCUCAUAAUGUCCUUCCUCACAUUGUCCUCCUCACAUUGUCCUCCUGACAUUGUCGUCAUCACAUUGCCCUCCUCACAUUGUCCUCCUGACAUUGUCGUCAUCACAUUGUCUUCCUCAUAUUGUCCCUCCUCACAUUGUCCUCCUCAUUUUGUCCCUCCUCACAUUGUCCUCCUCAUUUUGUCCCUCCUCAAAUUGUCCUCCUCAGAUCUCCCAAUUCAUUGUCACUCUUGUUGGCACCUAUUUCUUUGAAAACAAUUUUUGUGUGUUUACAUUUUUGCGAAGCAGGUCUUCGUCAUGGCAGAGAACAUCAAGAAACAAAUUGUCGUUGUCUUUGAUGGCGUCCCUUGGUUUGAUGAGCCAUUGAAAGCGGCCGUAAUACGGAAAGCCCAAGACAUGAAACUAGUAAUUGCUUACCCUGACUGGGUCGUUGACCCGGUAACACUGGACAAAAUCUAUCAAAACAUCUCGGUCAAUCGCGGUGAAUUGCUGUUCAGCCUCAUUAGUAUCAGGAGGGAGACUUUAAGAAAAAUAUACCACCAAAAUGAAACUGAACCCUGGAUGUAAGUGUGGUGUGGUUGAUCGCAUUGAGUAUAAUGAAAUAGUAACAUUACACCUAAUUGCAUCGACAUGGCUUGACACAUGCUUAGACUUUGUCACUAAAAUCAUGUCAUAUGACGCAUGAUAAGAGCUUUUCACGACCAUCCUAUCAUGUGACACAUGAUUAGAAUUUAUCAAUACUACGUUGUCAUAACACACUUGAUAAGUGUUUGUCACGAACAUCCUGUCAUGUGACACAUGAUAAGAGUUUGUCACGAUCCUACAUAAACAAUGUUUUCUAGGUUGUUAUUUCGAUUUUUUUUUUUUUUUUUUUUUUUUUUGUAUUGUUUUUUAUUUUUUUCCCUUUUGGAAUGCGUCUUAAGUUUGACCCAUUUCAUGAUCUCCAAAUCAGCUUAAAACAAUUGAAAUUCAGUUUUUUUGGCGCACCAAGCUGUUGUUAGUUACAGGACUGUAGCAAUUCUACAUCUGUGGUGGCCAUUUAUUUUAUACUUUUCAGUACACAUUGGAAAAACUCGUUGUAAGGAAAAAUUAUUUUGUUAUGCUUUAUUUGUAUAAGGGCUUCGAGAUGAUAUGAGCGACUUUUUCAUGUUCCGAAUGUUUCUAUGUGUCUAUGAUUUUCCUUAAAUUUUAUGAUGUCAGAUUUAAAUAUAUUUUUUGGAGUGUCUAGCACGCUCCCAACGCAUGUUGAUGGUUUUACUAAGUAUUUACUUUAUUAAUACUUAAACCUAUACCGUAUCAGAAUCUACUUUUCAGAAUCCCUUUGCGUGCAACGGAAAACUUCAAACUGAUAAUAUCCACAUCUUCUUAUGCAAAUAAUAGAGGGGAUGGUGGGGGAAAAACCGGGCCGAGGGUGGGGGGAGGGGCGACAGGAAGCGCCGUCAUAAUUGUAUUUUUUUAUUUAUUUUAUAAAACACUAUGACUCUGGCGUUUCUCCGUCGACUUUAAUGUGACAAUUUCUUAAAUAAAGAUUGGUCGCUCUCUAUAAAUUUACUUACUGCUGUAAACUAUUACAGGUUAAGUCCUUACAAGGGAGGGGCCUUUAAACAUUUGUAGUCAAUAUUUAACAAGUAAAAAAUUUUAUGGAUGGAUUGGGAUUUAAUUUUCACAAGUGUAUUAGAAAUCUGGCUUUUUAAUAGAGGAACGUUUUAUUUUAUAUGAUGAGUUUUUGACAGGGUCCUAAAUUUCACUGAUAUUCACUGAUAGCGCAUUACAAUGACAAGAUUUUUUUCCCACAUACAAAACUGGAUCGAGAAAAUAAAUCUUGAAUACCUAGCAGAAGCGUAGCGCGAGUAUUCGUCGCCCAGGGACAAGAUUCAUCACCCAGGGACAAGAUUCGUCACCCAGGGACAAGAUUCUCGCCCAGGGACAAGAUUCUCGCCCGGGGACAAGAUUCUCGCCCGGGGACAAGAUUCAUUUUAAAAAGAACCCCCUCCCUACCUUUUUUCAAAUGCCAAACCAAUUAUUUUCAUCAAUGAAAUAAUAUCAAAGAAACAUUUUGGUGCCACGAUCACCUGUCCCCCCCCCCUUCCCCUCCCGUUGCUACGCUUCUGAUACCUUGCUAUGUGAAAGAAAUAUAAAACACAGAUAAUAAUAAUAAAUUUUAUUUGAAAAACACGCUUCAACCCCAAAAGCUCGAAGCGUGGUACAAAGUCAACCAUAUUAAAAAGAGAAAUAACAAACAAUCUAAAUUUUACCACAUUUAAAGACAGACGCAACAAUAUACAAGUACAUACGAGCAUACCAAGUCAAAAUCUUUCAUCCCAUUUCAACCAUAAACAACACAAGCCAAAAUACAUUAACUGAAAAAAAAUGGUAGAUGGCAUCACCCAAAAGGUGUUUGCGAAAUAGAUGCGUUUUUAAAUAGGUUUUAAAGGACUCCAGUGUCUUGCUGUUUCUGAGAGCGACUGGAAGGGCGUUCCAAAUUUGUGGACCAGCAAAUGCAAAAGUGCGCUUUCUGUAAGUCUCAGGGCGAGCAAAUGGUAUGGGUAGUUUGCCACUUUCGGAUGAGCGGAGCUCUCUAGUGGGUACAUACGGCGUCAUGAGUGCUUUGAGAUAAGACGGUGCCAUGUCAUGCAAGCAGAGGUGAAACUGACGUUUAACGACAAGGAAUUAAAUCUACACCAAGAGAGUUGACCUCGUCAUUACUUCCGACAUCGCUGUAUUUGAUUUAUAUAUUUAUUUAAUUAAUUUUUUUAAAAUUUAUUUUGAAAACGUUUCUCUCUCUUCUACUGUUGUUACAGCGGCGCGUUGGAAAUACUCUACAAACAUCGUGAGUUUUAUGUACCCACAGAGAAUAAAGUCAACAUCGCCGGUUCGGUUUUGCAACUACCCUCAUUUAGUUUGAAUUUCCCGACGUGAGUGAGUCUCUAUAAUGUACUGACAUGUUUAAUUCAUAAAAUCUUUAGCUAUCCAUUGUUAUCUUAAACACAAUUUACCUAUCUGUCACUGUCACAGAUCAAAUAUUGAGAUCAUAAUUGUGAUUCAGAAAAUGUAUUCUUUUUAUAUGUUAGAAUUAACAGGAAGUUAAUUAUUGUAUGUCAUGCGCAGAGAGGCAAGUGAUCGACUUCGAAUUGGAAAUGUGGGUAUUUAUUUUUUACUUGUGUAUCAAACAACAUCUUAAUUUUGACUCAACUGAAUUAUGUGCAAGAAGUUAUAUGACAACUAAGUUUAAUCUAUUUUCUAGAGACAUUAUUUCUUGCUACUUUUUUUUGGAUAUAUAUUCUGUUAAUAAAUAUGUGAUGUGAGAUUCAUGAAAUUCUAGCCCCUUGCUUUAGGUAAUCAUGAACGUUUGUAAAUGUGGAUAAUUAGAUACUAAAACAUAAAUACCACAUCAUUAAUUACAUUAUCAUUACGUUAUCAUUAUACGAUCGUUACACAAUCCUAUGAUAAAUACGGUAUGUGUCAAAAGAAACUUUAGUGAGACGGACAUGCUCCCUAACAACUGUGCACAGCUUUAGCCGCCACGUUUUUACCUAUACUGAAAAGGAAGAAGAGUUGGGCAGUUGCUGUUAGAAAAUUGACUAUUAACGGAGUAAAAAAAAAAUAUGAUAAGUUCCCUGAAGCGCUUUGUUGUGUUUAUUAUUUAUUGUACACGACAGAUUCGUCUCUAUUAAAUAUUUCCUUCAGUAGUUAAAUCUAAAACUGAAAUACUUUUCUAAGGUACAUAGCUCGUUUUAACAUAUUUGUGUGCUAAUACGCCAUUAGACCAAUGCAGUAUGGAGGCAUGGGAACAACUGUGGGUCACGAAAUCAUGCACGGCUUUGAUAACAUUCGCAUCAUGUACGAUUCUAAUUAUAAGCUGGAGCCUAAUUGGAACUCAGCUGCUAAUGAAUCCUACCUUAAAGUCAUCAGAUGUCUGAUUAACCACUACACGUCA